CAAGCACGUUUCUUUCCUUAACAACGGCGAGGAGGCUGGUUUUUGGGGGCUCGGGGUCGAGGUGACGCAGGUGAGACGUACCACCGAGUGCUCCUUUGGGGCUCCCGGCGUGGACGGAGCCGCUUCUCGCUUCCUCCUCGGACCGGCCGGCGUUCACCGGCCCCACACCUUUCCUUCGGCGGGUCUGGUUCUCCCGAGAGUGCCGCCUGCCGCUGCUUUUAGCCGGGUCUUAGAGGACUCCUUUCUCCGGAGCGGCUGGGUGGGACUGUCCCACAUCCCAGCCCGUGUAUGACCCGCGGGCGGAGGCGAGCAUCUGAGCAGGGCUCGGGAAGAUGAAGCGGCUCGCCUGGGCUCUAAAAGAAGGCAGCCGAAUCAUUGUUCCAGCCGGCUCUGCGGUUCUUCCUCGGCGCUCCUUUCGGAGGUGCGUGGGAGGCAAUUCGGAUUUUCACUCAAGCAUAAGGUAUUUUUCCAAAACUGACCUGAAUUCACUCUGCUAGCCUAUACGUGAUUGGUUCCUUUCAAGAUAUUCUGCCCUCACUUGAAGUCACAGUGGACAAACAAUGGCAGACACUGGGGAGGGGAAAAAAGAAGAAGCAGAUUAUAAGAGACUUCACAGCUUCCCACUGAUUAGGCACUCAGACAUGCCGGAAGAAAUGCGAGUUGAGGCCAUGGAAUUGUGUGUCACUGCAUGUGAAAAAUAUGCCACCAACAAUGAGAGCGCUGCCAAGAUGAUCAAAGAGACAAUGGACAAGAAAUUUGGAUCUUCGUGGCAUGUAGUGAUUGGGGAAGGGUUCGGCUUCGAAAUCACCCAUGAAGUGAAGAAUUUGCUCUACAUGUUCUUUGGAGGCAGUCUAGCAGUUUGUGUUUGGAAAUGCUCCUGACACAUUUUUCGCUACUGAAACUCAUCCAAGCAGGAUACUUUCCCCGCCAGACUUUUAAUUGGUUUUUGUACAAUUUAAAGGGCAGCUUUAUUUUUAAUAACAAAUAUUGGGCUUUUUCUUAUUUAUAUGCAAGGUUUAUGAAAUAUAUUUAGUGUGUAUCUGUAAAUCUGUUUGAGCUACCUAAUCCAGCUCACAAGUGUUUUUAUUCUGAUUUUACCAAUGUGUCUUCUUGCUUAGAGGUGGGAUUGUGCAAGAAUGAUUGGGGUUAUGAAGCCAUACAUUGGAGGUAGUGUGAGAAUUUUAACCUAAGUUUGCUGCUACUUCUCGCUAUCCUUCCCGCUUUCUGAGAGCAGACCCAAAAAGGCAGCUUUGUUUUGCCUGGAUGGCAGCUGCAUGGUUGGGAAACCUAAAUCAGUGGAUGGUUGCUGAAAUGAUUUUGCCUCACCACCUCACUACACCUAAAGAGCACUGAUAUAAUUUGUGGAGCAUAUGGUGCAGAAAUAGAGAUAUUUUGCCUAGCAUGGGGACGGGGUGGGAGUAUUAUACCACAGUAUGUUCAGAAACUGGUAAUGGAAAGAAUGGACCUGACCUGCCAGUUUCUUAUACUAUUAAGUACAAUUGUACUUCCAUUUUGUAGGCUGAUGCCAUCACAGAGGUGUUUGAUUAAUGGAAUGAUCCUAAUUGUAUUUUCUAUAUCCCUUAUUAGAAUUUGGAAUGGAAAGGGGAUUUACUUUUUGCAAUAAAAACUUUUUUAAAUGCAUGGCUCCUAUCCGAGAGAUUUUCCUAGAAUUUUGGGCAUGCCCAGAAAUGGUGGGAGACCUGUAUGUACCAGAUUUCCAAUAAGAUGUAGAGAUCCUACUUACAAUAGGACUGAAUGCAAUGUUAUCUUUCAGUUAAUGCUUAUGCCACCACAUUGUGGUUCACCUCUGGCUUUCAUCUUGAGAACAAUGAGCCGGAUCGUAUUUCUUAAUUCUUAGUUGAUGGGCAAUCCCAAGAUGUGCUUUGGUUAUUGUGUCCCAAAGGUGCAAAAUGCACUCAUCAUCUUCAAACCUCUGGUUAGCCUUUAGGUCUUAUUGCAUAAUACCAUAAAAUGGUGCUUAACUAUUAUAGAAUUAUUCCACUAAAAUUUAUCACACAAAUGAUUUAUCCCUUCAGGGGGGAAAAAACUUGCAUACCUUUCCUUCUUUUACCAUAGUAUCUGGCCAGCAAAUUGCAUACUACAAUGUAGCAGCACAAACUGUUUCCCAGCACAAAUUUUGCGCACAGCGGAAUUGCAACCACCACACAAGGAUAUCCCCCAUGGCCAAAUCCUACCAGUUUAAAAUGCACAUUAAUGGUAUCAGAAUGUAUCAAGUAAUUCAAACAGAUAGCUGCACUUAAACCAUCCAUCAAAGUUAUUGAAGCACCCUUACUAUUAUAUCAUGGCCUGAUUAAAAUUGGUCCAGAUAAUCAUCUUCCAAAUAAAGUUAAGAGGUCAUUGCUAUCAUUGCCCCAAAAUAGAAUGUUUAAAAGUUGAACUACUAGAGGUUUAUUAUUUAAGAAAAUUAUACAGCUGCCCAAUUUUAACUUUGGGCAGCUGAGAAACUACAAUAUUAAUAAAAAAAAGUGUAAAACUAUACAGAAUACAAGGUCCAAGCUGGGUUGGUCACGGGGACCAGAAGUUAAGUCUUCUAAGUUUACGGACUCCUGAUGGAGCCCAUCCUCAGGGAAUUUCCUUCUCACCAGACUGUGCGCUUUGGGCUAUUCUAUGUGUAGUAUUUAUGUGGUGCCUAGUUGUGUGUGGUAUUGAUUCAUUGUUAAUUAGGACGUUGAUAGUAGAGAAGUUGUUGGUUUUGUUUCCUUGUGUUAUUUAUUUAUUUAAAACUUUUAUAUGCCGCCCAAUCCCAAAGGACUCCGGGCGGCUUACAGAAUAUAAAAAACAUAAAAACAAUACAAUUUAAAACAGCAAUCAUCCAUCAGAAAUUCAUUCUAGUUGGGGCCGGACCUCAAUAAUGAUCAACCCCAAAGGACUCCGGGCGGCUUACAGAAUAUAAAAAACAUAAAAAAC